AUGGGAUACAAGAGUGAAGCCGAAGAAUCCACAGAUGAUACACAUGAGGACAAUCAUCCUAAAGAAUGGGAUUUUACUUUGCCUCGUCUGCCUCGGCUGGAAAUCUCUACAGAAGACGACUUUAGCCCCGAUAGCCUCGCCGCAGCCAUCCAGCAUGGCGCCACGGCGUCUCGUAUUCGAAGCUAUUUAACCAUCUACGACCCUAGGCUUCUUGGGCAGGAUAUCAAUGCCAACGUCAUGGGGUUCCCUCUCAUAUUCUACGCCGUUGCAUCAAAUGACGAGGACAUGGUACGCCUCUUGACCGAAUUUGGGGCGAGUGCGAGUGCAGUAUAUGAGGCUUCACGAGUCCCUCUUUUGGCCUUUGCCAUCAUGUGCAGCGAGACGUUGCAGAUUGAUACUACAAACAUGGUCUCCGUCCUUCUUAGCAAGGGUGCUUCCGCUCGUGUUAUUCCUAUAGACUUAUUUACACCAUACUUACAGGAUGUAAUCGCAAGCUCCGAGCAUAAGGGCCAGACGCCGACCGAUGGCUGUGCAGAAGCUGCCUGGUGCUCCCAGGCCACAAAGGCCAGGCUCUCAAAAAACAUCAAUCUUACCCAGAGAUAUUUUCUAGAAAAGUCUACGAAAAUGAAGCCUCCUUCAACAAAAAGGCGACAGAUUGCGCGCAUCAAAAACUGCCAAGAGCUGUUGGGCAUCCCGUAUUUCCUUGUUGGCCAAACCGUUGCCACGGAGCUCCUUAUCCAGAGACUGCUCACCCAUCUCAUGAUGCCUAUGAAGCAGCCAUUGGUUUUAUGCUUUGCUGGCCCCAGCGGCCACGGAAAGACCGAACUGGCACGCCAACUUGGUCAUCUUCUAUCCCUGGACUUGGAAGUGGUUGAUUGCACCACUUUCACUCAUGAGAUGGAGUUGUUUGGCCCUAGACGACCAUUCGUCGGAUACGAACAAGGUUCAGCCGUCAAUAACUUUCUUGCCAAGAACUCUGGAAAGAAGUGCAUUGUUUUCUUGGAUGAGUUCGAAAAAACCACAAAGGAAAUUCACCAAACUUUGCUGCUUCCAUUUGACAACGGCGAAUACAGAGACAGACGCAACGGCGACAAGAUCAAUUGCUUGAAUACAAUAUGGAUAAUGGCUACGAAUGCGCUUGAUGAUGCCAUUCUUGAAUUUUAUGAUCAUAACGAAGGAAUCGCUGGCGAUGACAUGGAAGAAAAAUCUCGACUACUCAGGAAGCUCAGCCAACAGUUGCAGGAGGGAUUUCUCCAGCAAUUUGGCGCAAACUCACAGGCACCUGUGACAGGACGCAUCUCGGACUUCAUUCCCUUGCUCCCGUUCUCCUCUGGCGAACAAGCCGUCAUCACACAUAAAUGCCUGUUAGGGCUGGCGCAGGAGCUACGUCUGCCGAUACAGCUGUCUAAGAGCCCAUUGGAACGGCUUAUCGGCGAUCUCAGACUGCUGAUUCGCCGGGAUGGUGCUGUUUGCUCGACUCUUGCAAAAGCACACUACCAUAAUAAGCUGGGGGCGCGUAGUCUCAAGGCAGGCGCGGAAAAGGUGAAGCGAAUUGUUCUAGAUGCUUACCUUGAUGACGACGAGGAGAUUGAAGAACAGAAUAACUUGCGCGAUGUAGUUAUUGACGUGGAUGGUGGGGAGAUUGUUGGCAAGAUUCUGCCUACUACGAAGACUGGUGCUUAA